GCGUAUGGGUUCCUCUCGGGGAUGGACCUGCACUCGAUGUCGCACGUGUCGCAGGAGCUCCCCGGGGUGCAGCAGCAGGUGCAGGCCUCCCAGGAGCAGCACAUCAAGCGGCCCAUGAACGCGUUCAUGGUGUGGUCCAGGAUACAGAGGAAGAAGAUCGCCCUGGACAACCCGAAGAUGCACAACUCGGAGAUAUCGAAGCGCCUGGGAGCGGAGUGGAAGCUGCUGACGGAUCUGGAGAAGAGACCCUUUAUUGACGAGGCGAAGAGGCUGAGGGCGAUGCACAUGAAGGAGCACCCUGACUACAAGUACAGGCCCAGGAGGAAGCCGAAGACCCCCGUCAACGGCGUCCAGGGCAAGCCGGGGUCCGUCUCCGGAGGGUUCCCCAGCUUCCCGCUUCCGGCGUACUUUGCGACCCCCGCUGCUCCGGUUUCCCAUCACCAUCACCCCCAUCGCCAUCCCCUGGACUAUCCACCCCUGCCCCCGUACUUCGGGACCGCCUUCGAUGCCGUUCAUCUGGGGAAACUCGUCGCCGGGGGACACGCCGGGACCAAUGCGGCGACCUCCGCCGAUGCGGCCAACAACAACGCGGCCUCUGCUGCCGCGGUCGUCAGUGGAUUCUACUCCAGCUUUUAUCCCACCACCGCGACCAGCAAACCGUACCUCGGCGCGGCCUCGCAGUUCUCGCCGUUGUUUCCUGGACACCAUCCGACAUCCUCCAGCGGCGUUCCCGGGUCCUUUGUGUUCGCCGGGGCUGCGGGGAACAGCCCCGGAAGCAGUCCCAGGUCCACGCCGGUUUCUUCCGCACAUCGACAGGGCAUGACCUCCUCCAACAACUCCGCGAUGGACCUCGACCAACUGCGGAGACCCGUUUCCGUCAUUUUUUAGAUACUAGGCCCCGUGGCGCGGCUCAUGCCUUCGUGGUUUUUAUUCGGUCCGUGCAACAUUAGCGUUACACUUUGUUAGUAAUUAUUUAUCUUAUGGUGUAACGGUAAUCGUGCACGUCGACUUUGUUCUAUUAACUUCAUGGUAACUACUUGUAACUAGCAGAGGGGAAGGGUUGUCGCUCGAUUUCUCCCUGGGCACAAGGAUGGCGGAUGGG